CAACUAUACGUUUUGGCGGGAACUCUCAGGGUCACACUUGGUUCGCUUUCAAGCAGUCUCAUUUUUGAAAUAUGACUGCGGAGGUGGAGAUUAAUCCGUUUAGACCUGGUGGUGAACUUUCAAAGGAAGUGGAUGAUAUCUUGAAAAACUCUACAAUUUCAAGGGAUACGAUAAUUAUCAAUGAUCCAGCGUUGCGCCGCGCCAACGGAAAUGCGACAUCUGUUGACGGGAUUAUAUCCAAUAAUGUUCACACAAAAUGUGCUGAAUCACCUUUCAAAUCCCAAACGUCCAAUGGUCUCAGUGUUACCGAUCGUUCUCCACAUCCACCUGGUCUAGUAACGUGCGAGGUGGUAUCUCAACAUAUACAGCCACUUCAAAGUCCGACAUUUCAAUCUAGCCAAGUUGAACAUGUCAAUAUAAAGAGCAGUAGGAAACCUACUAAGUGUUGUGUACUUCAGUGAAGCUAAUAAACUUAGAUAAAAUCUAUCCCGUUGACAAUCUGAUGAAAUAAUUUGCCGAAAAUACGCCACUGUAUGCUAUUCACCACAGUCAUACUUCCACCUUCACAAGCUUAGUGUUUUAAUAGGUGUUUUCAGAUGACAUAGCAUGUCUAAUCUAUUUAAAAAUACGUAAAAUCAUAUGCGCACACAGUCUUCCCGUUUGAAUUUUUAUCUUUUUUUCCAACAACUUAAUAAAAACAAACUUUAAAUUGUCCGGUUUUCACAUAUUACACCAAAUUACAUUUUAUUUUACCUACUUUCUCAAACUUUGGAAAUUUUAGAUGAACACCUGAAAGAUUAUUUCUGCGUCCUCCGUUAUAUGCUGCUAACGUGACUUUUAUGUUUACAAAAACUAAAUCUAAUUCAUUCAUUACGAUUGAACACUAACGGGGACUCUGAAAAUCAGGACCUUUCUUCAAGUGCAAUUUCUUAUGACAUAGGUGUAUUCACAUAAAUAAUACGUAAAAAGCAUUUCAUUUUAUUGCUCUUUGUCUGCAGUUCUGUUUGGUCAAUUUCUUUUUGUUUACUUUACUACUUUAGUUUUAAAAAAGAUUGUUUGUUUUAGAUAAUACAUCACUUCCUUGCUUUGGUUUUUUCCAUACAGUUUAAGUACUAAGUGUGAUGCUUCAAUUUUGUCAACUGUAUUCGGUUUCACCUCGUCCAUCGUGAUAUAUAUAUAUAUAUAUAUAUAUAUAUAUAUCAUAUGGGGUUGUGUCUCUUUCAUUUCCAUGUUGUUGGACACGCAUUUCUGCACACGGAAGACUAACAGAUUUCCUCUCCUUUCCAUAUUCCAAUUUGAUAGUUGGAAGAUGUUCUCUCUGCGUUGUUUUACUCCUAUAUUCUCAAGUAACUUGUGCACAUCUAUCUUCUAAUGCCUCUCCUUUUUCUGUACCAUUUGUACAAUUUCUCUGUUCUGUUGAUCAUUAUAUAUGUUGGAAUCUAUCCUCAGCUACCAUUUUUAUUCCAUUUUAAACACCUUUAAUAUUGUUUCUUUGUAUUUCAGCCGCUUUGUUUCUUUUCUUGAUUUUUAAUUCCAUCUGCUUCAAAUAAAAUUGAUUUGAAAAUUACUAUAAUAUUUAGUUUUUCUUGAGUUCACUUUUUUCAUUCUUUCAUGAAUUGGUUCUCAAAUCGUGGCGUCUAAUUUGGUUUGAGCAUUUGCUCAUCAUUACCAACCCUCGGACGCAUCCAACUUAAAGUCAAAUACACAAAUCUGUAUUUGGUUUUUGAUUGUCCUUACCAUUGUUUUUUUUACAAAAAGUCAAAAAUAAGUCUCAUCACGCAUUUUGUUUGCAGUCACACAUUUGAAAAAUAAGCUGCAAGAAUGAAAUGCAUAUGAUUUCAUAAAUGUUUGCUUUGUCCAUGAGGCCUAACCCAAGAUUUUUAUGCCCCUCAGCAAACACCAAUUCAAACUAUUUAAGGGAGAUAGGAUAGUAAACAUUUAAGUUCACUCGGCACAAUUUUGGCUCUGGUUCUAUGACGCAUCGUCUUGACGUUGUAUCCAUAAGGUGAUAGGCUAUUAGGUUACUAAGAUAUAAUUCUCCUUAUGUACAGUUAAAAAUCUGUCUGGAGUACCCAUUUUUCGUUUCUAUAUAUUUUCUCUGUAAUGCACUUGAGAAUAGCCGUGUUACGGUUAGUAAUAACGAGCGGUAGUGUGUUGUCUUGUAUUCAUUCCAUUUCUCAUCUGUCUGCAAUUUUUUUAUCCAGCACAUUACGUUCGAAGCCUUACCUUAAGACUAUUCGGUUCUCACAGUUAUAUUUUGCUCUCUGUCCUUUAUCAGUGCGAUACUUCCGAAAGAAUUUUCA